AUGGCACCACCGUGGUCCGUGGAAACUAACAAUCAGACUCGCGACGCAUCGCAGGCUGCGUCGCAUCAGCCACCUUGGACCGAUAGAUCUGUACUAACUGCAUGGAAAGAGACGUCAAAAUCCAAUCACCAGCCUCUUUACAGCUCCAAAAUGAUUCUCCACGCGCUCUGUUCCCGGACGAAGUGGCGUCCCAUCCUGGCUUUGGCUGCACUAAUCAUACUUUGCCUCUUCAUGACAACCCAAACUGGCAACUACCUCCAACGAUAUCCAGAAGCGACCCCGUGGAAAGUGUUCCGCAAUAAGGCUGUGUCCAUCACCCCUACAGAGAGCACAAUCUGGACAGAUUACGCAUACUGCCAAUAUGUGACCACCGUCGACUAUCUCUGCAACUCACUUAUGAUCUUCGAAUCACUGCAGAAUGUUCGAAGCAAAGCGGCGCGCGUCAUGAUGUUUCCUCAAGAGUGGGUACUCGAUGAGACCACCGAGGAAGGCCGCCUGUUGUCGAAGGCACGAGACGACUUCCACGUGGUAUUGCAGCCGAUCGAAGUACAGCACUUCAAAACGGAGGAAGAAAAAGACAAUACCUGGUCAGACUCUUUCACUAAGCUGCUGGCUUUCAACCUGACCUCGUACAAGAGAGUUCUUAGCUUGGACUCAGAUGCUACUGUACUACAGUCUAUGGACGAGCUGUUUCUCCUACCUCCAUCACCCGUCGCCAUGCCACGGGCGUACUGGCUGCCUGAAAAGCCCACGCUCUCUUCCCAGCUCGUCCUUGUGCAGCCAUCCGAACUCGAAAUGAACCGAGUCCUGGAAGCUUUCCAAAAUCGAUCCGAAGAUGAAUUUGACAUGGAGAUUGUCAACAACCUCUAUGGUUCAUACUGCACCGUCCUUCCACAUCGCCGCUACGACCUACUAAGCGGAGAGUUCCGCAACGAAGAUCACCAUCUGUACCUAGGCUCAAAAGAAGAGCCGUGGGACCCUAACACGGUGUACGAAGAGGCCAAGUUCAUACACUUUUCGGAUUGGCCUUUACCCAAACCCUGGAAAGAGUCUUCGCAAGAAGAGCGAGACGAGGUUACGCCUAAGUGUCGCGCACGAGAUGACGGGACUGAAGACUGCCGCGACAGGGAUAUGUGGUUGCAUCUCUACGAGGACUUUCUUGAGCGGCGGGAGCGCGUCUGUGGCUCCUACUUUUUGCCUGGUCAAAGACCUCAGGAAUUCGAAGGCAAUGUUCAGCAACUGGCUUGGGAUGAGGCCAUGUCAACAGCUGAGUGA